UUCUAAUUUCUUCAUCGUAGAGCUAUUUAUGAUAAAAACCCUAAAUUCUCCUGGAUCUGAGAAGAUUGCUUCGGUAGAUUUCUGUGUUGAUUGUCCAUUGAUCGCAUUGACAAUCGAAUUUUGCUGAAGUUUUUGGCAAUUUUUCAGCUGUUGUUUCUUCAUUUUUCAUAUUUUUUAAUCCCUUUGAAUGUCUCGAAUCUGACGCCAUGAGGAAGAAGCUCGAUACCCGCUUUCCUGCUGCUCGAAUUAAAAAGAUAAUGCAAGCAGAUGAAGAUGUUGGAAAGAUAGCAUUGGCAGUGCCCGUUUUAGUUUCUAAAGCAUUGGAACUAUUCCUGCAAGACCUCUGUGAUCGUACAUAUGAGAUUACUCUACAAAGGGGAGCAAAGACAAUGAAUUCAUUGCACCUAAAGCACUGUGUACAAAGCUAUAGUGUUUUUGAUUUUCUGAGGGAUAUCGUUAGUCGGGUUCCGGAUUAUGGUCAUGGUCAUUCUGAUGGUGCUGUUGAUGAUAGAAAGAGGAGGAAACCUCUUGGUGAUGAGGGCAAUGAUUUUGAUGAGUUGAAGAAGAGCAAGAUGCAUGACAUGAGCCACAGCAGCGGCGGUAGAGGAAGAGGAAGAGGACGAGGACGGGGUCGUGGACGGCCUGCUCGGUCAGCCGAAAGAGACAACUUCCAAACUAACCCUGACGCCGACCCUUGCUCGUCUAUAGAGAACAGGAACAAGAACCACCCCAACCCAGAUGUGCACAUGGAUCAUCACGUCGAGCCGAGCGAAACAUCAAAAGAAGUUGGCGAAGCCAACCAACCUGUCCAAAGUUUUGAUCUCAAUGCCGACGUCAUCGCCAACGGAGACUCCAAGACCGUUGUUGCAGCAGCAGCAGUAUCAGACACGCCCGUCGAAUCAGCCGGGCCUACUAUCACCGAGUCUGAGACUAAAGCCGCGGACGAGUUCGUGGACAAAAUGGCAAUCGACCCUCUCCAAUAUGCACAUCUGAGCAGCACAAGGGUGGAGGAAGAAGAGGAAGAUUAUGAUGAAGAGGAGUGACCUGGCGGCUGGUCACUGUGAGAAGGUCUGUUCCUUGAAACAAACUACAUAGAAAGGAAUGAAGGAACGAAAGAGGUCACAGUUUUAAAGUAGACAAAGAAAAUAAGAAGAAUCAUCACAGAUUGUAAUGCCCCCUAUGUAGUUUGUUCAUCUGAAAAUCGCUUUUUUUUUAUAAAUGUUCUAAGUAUAAUCGUUUAUCGAUCUAACAUUAGGUUUGUAGCUGUUGGAAAGUAAUAGCUUGUUCAUUAUGUAAUCCAUGUGAAGAGUGUUAACCUUUGGGGUAAGGCUAGGUUGUACCUUUUUUUUCCUUUUUUCUUUUUCUGUUCUUUUUUUUUUCUUUUUUUUUUUCUGAGAUGUUAUAUCCAUGUCAAACCCUAAUUAAUUUACUUCAGAUUAUAGUAUUUUAGUUGGGAUACCAACAAUGCUUAGUUACACUCCA